GCACCAUGACCUCGACGAUAUUCCGUCGCCAGCUGGCACGGGCAUCCCGGAGGCUUACUGCGACUCCGACCGCACCCACUCUCGCUACCCGUCGCGGCCUCUCCAGCACAUCCGUCCGCCAGUUCGCUUCUCCGGUGGAUGAUGCGGACGCCUCACCCAGGACUGCUACCGGCAGAAAAGUCAUAGACACGCACAUCUCAGAGGAACUUCACACCAUGGGCGCCGAAGAUAUUUUGCGCGAACAUGGUGGCAGACCCGAGUCUCAAAUGAGGCACUUCACCGUCAAUUUUGGUCCGCAACACCCCGCUGCACACGGUGUGCUUCGUCUCAUUCUCGAGCUCAAUGGAGAGGAAAUUCUUCGUGCGGACCCACACAUUGGCCUGCUACACCGAGGAACAGAGAAGCUUAUCGAGUACAAGACCUAUACUCAGGCACUUCCCUACUUCGACCGCUUAGACUACGUCUCAAUGAUGACAAAUGAAUUGUGCUACUCCCUUGCUGUGGAGAAGCUGCUCAAUAUUGAAGUCCCGGAGCGUGCCAAAUGGAUUCGUACCAUGUUUGGAGAGAUCACCCGUGUCCUGAACCACCUCAUGGCCAUCCUAACACACGCGAUGGACGUGGGUGCGCUAACGCCCUUCCUGUGGGGCUUCGAGGAACGCGAGAAGCUCAUGGAGUUCUACGAGCGUGUCUCCGGCGCGCGGCUGCACGCGGCGUACGUGCGUCCUGGAGGCGUGGCCUUUGACCUGCCGCACGGCCUAUUGGAAGACAUCUACAUGUGGGCGACCCAAUUCUCUUCUCGCGUGGACGAGAUCGAGGAGGUCGUCACCGGAAACCGCAUUUGGAAGUCACGCACGAUCGACAUUGGUAAGGUCACUGCGAAGCAGGCUCUCGACUACUCCUUCAGUGGUGUCAUGCUCCGCGGAAGUGGGAUUCCCUGGGAUCUCAGGAAGGUGCAGCCGUACGACAAGUAUGAUGAGGUCGAGUUCGACGUCCCGAUUGGCAAGAACGGCGACUGCUAUGACCGGUACCUCUGCCGUGUCCAGGAGUUCCGGGAGUCGCUCCACAUCAUUCAUCAGUGCCUGAACAAGAUGCCUGCCGGCGCGUUCAAGGUUGACGACUACAAGCUCGUGCCACCACCGCGUGCGUCCAUGAAGGAGAGCAUGGAGUCGCUGAUCCAUCACUUCAAGCUCUUUAGCGAGGGCUACUCCGUCCCGCCCGGCGAGACCUAUAGCGCUAUUGAGGCACCCAAGGGUGAAAUGGGUGUCUACCUCGUCUCGGACGGCACGAACCGUCCCUACCGUUGCAAGAUCCGUGCCCCUGGUUUCGCACAUCUUGCAGGUGCCGACUUCAUGAUGAGACGUCAUUACCUCGCGGAUGCUGUCGCUGUCAUCGGUACCAUGGAUCUUGUGUUUGGCGAGGUCGAUCGGUAGAGCAAUCCAGAACAUACUUUUUUUCGGCUUUACAGGCCAUAUGUAUAUUGUCCAUGCCCCAAAGUUUGGUGCAUCACUCGGACGUGAGGAAGUAGUGGCAGGAAGAGCACGUCACAAACCAACAGCCCACGAUCUACUAGACUAUCUGCAACGGGUGCUUGUCUUCCUUGCUAACUUCGACCUCCAGUGAGCGUAGGAAUGACGCGUGAGCUGUGUCUGCUUCCGCGGGUGCCACAACAUCAUGAAGUGUGCUCUUGAGCUUCUGCGCGAGAGUCGGCAGGUAGCCGCGCUCGGUGUUUGUGUGACCACAAAGAAUUACGUUCGUCCCGCUCGCAACGGCAGCGAGGACUUCAUGGUGGCUCAUCUCGCCAGUGAAGUACACGUCGGCGCGCACGUCUUUGAACGUCGACCCACCCGAGCCUGCGCAAAUCGCGACGGUGCGUACCGUCGCGCUCGCGUCCUGUCCCGCGGGGUACGCGACUUGAAC